UUUUGCCUUGCUAGAUUGCAGAGCUCGCUCUCUCUCCAAAUCUCAUUGCCAAGCGUGUGUGAAUUCAGAUUAAAUCCAAAAAAUUAAACAACAUUGAAAGAGAAACAAACCCAUUAAAUGAAACAAUCGAAAUGAGGAACGUAAUAUCACAAAUAUUUAUCUCUCUGUCUCUAAAAUAAUAACUGUCAUACGCAAAAUAUUCUAGUCUUAUUCUCUGAUUCCACGUAGCAAAUCACCCCCACGAAACCCAUCUCUCUCUCUCCUCUGUGUCCUCUCUCUCUCUCUCUCUGUCUGUGUCUUUUGCAGCACUCUGGUGUGGUGGCUUUUCGUGUUUGUUCUUAAUUGAUAGUAGUUGAACUGCUAUUUACAUAACCUCCGGUAAACAAUCUAAUUUCCUAAUAAUUACAAGUUGGUGAUAUACUUUUUUUAGUAUAUUACUGUUGAAUUUCUUUGAAGUUGUUUACCGAGGAGGGUGUUUUCACAAAUGGGUCAUCGUUGAACCUCUUCAAUUGACGAUAAAAAUGGUUUUUUUGGGGGUAUGAGACAACCCAUCAUGGAUCUGGAAAGUGGGUUUUAUCAGAAUCAUGUUAAGAAAGAGUCUUGGAGGACAGUCUUGACCUUGGCUUAUCAGAGUUUGGGUGUUGUGUAUGGAGAUUUGAGUACAUCUCCUCUGUAUGUGUACAAGAGCACAUUUGAUGAAGACAUUGUACACUCAGAGACCAAUGAAGAGAUUUAUGGGGUUUUGUCCUUUGUUUUCUGGACCCUUACACUGGUUCCUCUUCUCAAAUAUGUGUUCAUUGUGCUCAAAGCAGACGAUAAUGGCGAAGGCGGCACGUUCGCCUUGUAUUCGCUGCUAUGCCGCCAUGCCAGAGUGAGCUCAUUGCCCAGUUGCCAAUUAGCAGAUGAAGAAUUGUCAGCCUAUAAGAAGGAUAUUAUUACUGGUCCUGCCCAAACAACUUUUGGGUCAAGGUUGAAAUCCACACUAGAGAGGCAUAGAGUGUUGCAGAGAUGCUUGCUUAUAUUGGCUUUGAUUGGGACUUCUAUGGUGAUUGGUGAUGGUGUCCUCACACCUGCUAUUUCUGUGUUUUCUGCAGUCUCCGGUGUCGAGCUUGCUAUGUCAAAAGAGCACCAUAAAUAUGUAGAAGUUCCAGUUGCAUGUAUCAUACUGAUAGGCUUGUUUGCCCUUCAACAUUAUGGCACCCACAGGGUUGGAUUCUUGUUUGCACCUGUGGUCAUAACGUGGCUUUUAUGCAUCAGUACUAUUGGUUUAUAUAAUAUUAUUCAUUGGAAUCCUCAUGUGUAUCAAGCACUCUCUCCAUAUUACAUGUACAAAUUUUUGAAGAAAACCCAAAGAGGUGGUUGGAUGUCCUUGGGUGGGAUCCUGUUAUGUAUAACAGGUUCAGAAGCUAUGUUUGCUGAUCUAGGACACUUUUCGCAGUUGUCAAUUAAGAUUGCUUUCACAUUUGUGGUUUAUCCAUCCUUGAUUCUUGCAUAUAUGGGGCAAGCUGCUUAUUUAUCUCGGCACCAUGUUGUCGAAAAUGAUUAUCGGAUUGGAUUUUAUGUUUCUGUACCAGAGAAAUUAAGAUGGCCAGUUCUUGCAAUUGCCAUACUUGCUGCAGUGGUGGGAAGUCAAGCCAUCAUCACUGGAACAUUUUCAAUCAUCAAGCAAUGCUCUGCUCUGGGUUGCUUCCCAAAAGUCAAAAUAGUCCACACAUCGUCGAAAAUACAUGGCCAGAUUUACAUCCCAGAGGUCAACUGGAUCUUAAUGCUAUUAUGUUUGGCUGUUACUAUUGGUUUCAGAGACACAAGACGCAUGGGUAAUGCUUCAGGUUUAGCAGUUAUAACUGUCAUGCUGGUCACCACCUGCCUAAUGUCUCUGGUGAUUGUUUUAUGCUGGAACCAGAGCGUCUUCCUCGCAAUUUGCUUCGUGUUCUUCUUUGGGGCAAUAGAGGCUCUCUAUUUCUCUGCUUCUCUAAUCAAGUUUCUUGAAGGAGCAUGGGUCCCCAUUGCCCUUGCAUUCAUCUUCAUGAUGGUCAUGUAUAUUUGGCAUUAUGGAACCCUAAAAAAAUAUGAGUUUGAUGUCCAAAAUAAGGUCUCUGUGGACUGGCUACUCAGCUUGGGUCCGAGCCUAGGCAUUGUUCGGGUUCGCGGAAUUGGCCUCAUACACACUGAGCUAGUGUCUGGGAUCCCAGCAAUCUUCUCCCACUUUGUGACCAACCUUCCAGCCUUCCACCAGGUCUUAAUUUUUCUCUGUAUUAAAUCUGUCCCGAUUCCCCAUGUAAAACACGAGGAACGGUUCCUUGUGGGUCAUGUUGGCCCAAGAGAGUAUAGGCUCUAUAGGUGCAUUGUGCGAUAUGGUUAUCGUGAUGCUCACAAGGAUGACAUGGAGUUUGAGAAAGAUCUUGUAUGUAGUAUCGCUGAGUUUAUACGGACAGGAACGGCCACGGCCAAUGGUGAGAGUGAAAAUUUGUCAAAGGAGGAUGAAGAAAUGGCCGUUGUUGGGACGCCUUCAACCCAUCCUAAAGGGAUUCAAAUGUGUGAUGACGAUAUGAACAACACACACUGUGCUAGCACGUCAGAGCUUAGGGAGAUACGUUCUCCACCGGUGAUCCAACCAAGGAAAAGGGUAAGAUUUUUGAUACCCGAGAGUCCUAAAAUCGACAAGGACGUGCAGGAGGAGCUGGGAGAACUAAUGGAAGCUAGAGAAGCUGGAAUGGCUUACAUUUUGGGGCAUUCAUAUGUAAGAGCUAAGCAAGGGUCUAGCCUAGUAAAGAAGCUUGUUGUUAAUAUUGGGUAUGAAUUUCUGAGGAGAAAUUCUAGGGCACCCACCUAUGCAUUAAGUGUACCUCAUGCAUCUACUCUAGAAGUGGGAAUGGUUUACCAUGUAUGAUUUUGGUUACAGACCACAAAUAGUAUAUAAUAUAUUCUGUAAAUGUGUCGGUAAUUUUGUGCUAUAGAUGGAGAGAGUUCCCUAGGA